AUGCGGCACAAGAUCCUGGCGCUCAUCGUCCGCUACGGCGUGCCUGCGAUCUGGUUCACGAUCAACCCAAACGACAUUACGAACCCGGUGAAGCUCCGACUGGCAGCGUACCGCACGCGCGACCCUGGGGCGGCCGAUGAGUUCCUGCGAAGCCUCGAUAUGUCGUUCAAACGGGUGCGGCUAUCUGUCUCCGACCCGAUGAGCUCAGCCAUAUUCUUCCACCGGGAGACGACGCUGUUCUUCGAGCAUUACGUAAAUGCAGGGCGGGGAGUCGGUGUUCGGGCGCAUCAGCCACUACUACGGUGCCGUGGAGACCAACGAACGAGGCUCUCCCUUCACGUCCACGGGCUGCUCUGGUUACAUGGAAACGCGCACCUGAGCUCCAUGCUUUCCGACGCCCACGGGGAGGAACAAGCCGCGUACCGUAAGCGAAUCAUCCGCUAUGUCGAUAGCGUCUUCUGCGAGGACUUGGACCAGGAAGGCCUCUGCGCCGUGCAGGCGGAGCGUUCGGUGACGUCUGACGUCUCAUCCCUGAUCCACACCCAUAACCCGACAUGCGUCGAGUACUCCCUGGGCAACAAGGGGCGAAAGGGAGACCUCUGUCGCUUCAAGGCGCCUUGGAAGCUGGUCGAGAAAACAACGUUCUCACAGGACGGCGUGCUGCGGAUCCGUAGGUCGCAUCCCAUGGUGAAUCAGUGGAACGAGGCGAUUGCCGUGGGGCUCCGCCACAACUAUGACAUCUCCUUCAUAGCGACGCAGCGGAAGACCAUGGCUCUCGUAUAUUACGUGACGAAUUACGCGACCAAGGUAGAGGACCCGACAUGGAAGCGCGUCGCUGCGGCCGCGGAAUUGCUGCCCAUCGUCUCGGCAGGUGGCCAGCCGGCCGCUGGGGAGGAUGCCGGAAAUGGCGUCGUCGGCGACGACGGAACCGAAAAGAAGACGCGGCAGUUUCUUAUGAGAGCGGUGAACCGGGUGUUCACGGAGCGGGCUCUGUCGCAAGUCGAGGUCGUCGCCCAUCUCUUGGUAUACCCAAGCGAGUUCACGAGCGGCAGCAUCUGGGCGUACCUGAACGUUGUCGGUGCUCUACUGGCACGUCUCCAGACGGUGGCGAUACCUUCGGCAGAAGAGCGCCACCAAUAG